GAGUGCGUUGGAGUCUCUCUCUCACCUUAUUGAUUGAUCCACCUUUCUGGCUGGAAAAGUGUGGGCGUGUGUGUUGGAAGGACAGGACAGGACAGGACAGGAUACAACGAAGGAACAAACAAGGAGGAGCAAAGAGAGACGGAGACAAGGAGGGAUGCAGUUGAUGGCUAGCGGCUACCGUUACUCCUGCAGCAGCUCCUCCAGCUCCAGUAUUUCCAGUAACUGCUCUUAUCAGCUGACCGCCCCCCAUCACCAUGGAGAGCAGCGAGCAACAGGAGGGGGUGGGCAGCAGCAGUUGCAGCAGCAGCAGCAUCAGCAGCAGCAGCAACACUCCCCAGCUAUGUCGCAUCUGUAUUACCACCCACCACAGUAACGGUAAUGCCACUACCACCUCCAGCAACAACAACAACAACAACAAUAAUAACAACAAUAAUAAUAAUAAUAAUAACGGAAGCGAUGGAUUGAUUUCCAUAUUUGGCGAGGAUGCGCUCUGGCAGAAGAUUUCCACGCUGGCCAACGUCAAGAUCAGCAAGAACGACCACCUGCCGCAACAGGUGUGCGUGGGAUGCGCCAAGCUGGCCAUCUCGGCGUGCCAGUUCAAGAAGAAGUGCGAGGAGGCGGACACCUUCUACCGCCAGCAGCUGAGGCGCCAGAAGAUCAAGGGAGCCGCCGGCGGAAGGGAGCCGAACGCCGCCGGAGCUGGCGGGGAUCAGGCCAAGAGCAGCGGCUGCAGCAGCGGCAGUGGCAGCGGAAGCGGCAGCAGCAGCGGCAGCGGCAGCAGCUCCACCAGCAGCAGCUCCUCCUCCGACGAGGACGACGACGAGCCGGACAACGAGAACGGCCGGGAGGAGGAGGAGGUGGAGAAUGGGAGUGGGAAUGGGGAGGAGCACACCACAAGGCUGCAGAACGGACACGGCCAGGCCGGGAUGAUCAACGGACAUGGCAAUGGGAACAAGUCCGAGGACGAGGAGGAGGACGACGAGGAGGAGGAGGAGCAGGAGCAUGGGCGGCGCAACGGGAGUCUGCAGGAGGAGGAUGACGAGGAGGACGUGGAGGAGGUGACGCCCCACGGUGGCCAUCCCCUGCUGCACGGCAACGAGGACGAUGGCGAGAUAACCGUCCACGGAGUCCACCCCAAGGAGCCCUUCGACUUCAACUCCAUCCGCCUGAUGCAGGAGUACAUGCAGCAGCAGAUGAACAAGUUCCCCAACGGCUCCGCCCAGGGGCCGCCGGUGGAGCUGGACCUCGAGGACCAGGACGACGACGACGAGGAGAUGUCCCUGCCGCUGAUACCCGAGAUAGAGCUGAUCACUCCCGGGGACGAGCCGCCUCCGGACAUCACCGAUCCCUCGCUGAUGGUCAACGGCUCGGCUGGGGGCGUGGGCGUCGGCGGAGGAGGAGGGGUGAUCCUGCCGCAGGGAAUGCCGGGCCAGGUCCUCCCCGCCGGCCUGCAGGGCCUGCACCCGGGGGCCGGCUUCCAGUGCCCGCACUGCUACCAGAUCUUCGAGAUGAAGCAGAUCCUCAAGGCGCACAUGCAGAGCGUCCAUGGGGCGCCGGGGCCGGUGUACGAGUGCAGCAACUGCCGGAAGACCUACUUCUACAAGCGCUUCCUGGAGAAGCACAUCCGACGCGGUCGCUGCGUGAAGAAGCGCCGCAACCAGACUCGUCCCAUGCAGUGCUCCGACUGCCACGUCCUCUUCCCCACGGGCCACCACCUGGGCUGGCACAAGCGCACUGGCUGCCCCUCCAAGGCCGCCAAGAUGCCACUGCAGCAGCUCUUCAAGCAGAACAUCGUGCAGUUCAACAACUUCCCGAAGAGGAUCGCCGCUGGAGCCGCCAGGAAGCCCGUUGCCAACGACGUGCUCAUCCAGAAUCGCAAACUCGGCCUGGCCAACAAGCGCAAGGGACGCACCCGCAUCAAGCUGGACGCCAAGAAGAUCGCGCUGGCCAAGCAGCUGAUCCUCCGCGAGGCCACCACCACGGUGAUCGCCAACGAGCUGAAUAUAUCCCGGACCUUCGCCUGGCGUCUCCGCAAGAGCCUCGUGAAUGGGGUCAGCCUACACGAGCGAGUGGUGGACCAGUCCCAGGAGGACCAGCAGCAGCAGCAGCAGCAUCUGCAGCAGCUGCAGCACCAACAGCAGCUGCAACACGACCAGCCGGAGGUGCCGCCGCACCUGAGCCUGCCCUACGGCCACUUGGGCCUGGGUCUCAUCAAGGAGGAGCAGCAGGACAGCGACGAGGAGGAGCAGCAGCAGCCGCAGCACCAUCCCCAUCUGCAGCACCACCACCUGGGCCUGGUGGACGAGUGCGGGGCGGAGGAGAUCGGCGCCGAGGAGACGGCCGGCUACAUGGGGGAUGAGGAUGCCGUGUCCGGCCUGCUGCACAACGGCUACGAUCCCGAUCCGGACUCGGAUCCCGUCGAGAACGACCCCUUCGAGGGCACCGAGGCGGCCGAGGGUCGAACCGGCUCGGCAUCGCCGCCGGCCACCUCGGUCCAGGUGCCGCCCGUGUCGGUCCAGGUCCAUGCCGCCGCCGCCGCCGCCCGCAACGACGUGGAGGUCUAUAAGCGCCUGCUGGCCGAGUCCCAGCACUUUCCCCACAUCGUCAACGCCCAGCAGCUCCAGUUGCAGCAGCAGAGGGAGCAGCAGCGGGAGCGCGAGCGGGAACGGGAGCAGCUGCAGCUCCAGAAGCAGCAGCAGAAGGCCCAUAACGGUGGAAUGCCGAUGCUGACCCGUUAUCCUCCCACCGUCAUGCACGCCCUGCCCGUCAACCUGUCCCUGCGCUCCAUGCCCCACAUGAACAGCAACGAGAGCAAUGGUAGCUCGAGCAGCAAUGCGGCAGCUGGUGCGGCAGCUCCGGCCACGGCCACGCCCACUGGGAAGAAGCCGCGCAAGCCGAACGUCUUCAUCGACGACGAGAAGUACGCGAUGGCUAAGCUGCUGGUGGCCCAGAACUCGUCCACCAUGGAGAUAGCAAGAGCCCUGAACGUCUCCCAGAUGACGGCCUGGAAGGUGCGGGACGCCAUACUCAAGGGAGUGCCUCUGUCGUAUCGCAACAAGCGGUCCGAGGGUCGUCAUUCCGAGGAUCUGACAGCCAAGGAGCAACAGCAACAGCAACAGCAGCAACAUCAGCAGCAGCAACAGCAACAGCAACAGAAGCAACAUCAUCGCCAGCAACAACAAUAUCAGCAGGAGCUGCAGCAGCAACAGGAGCUGCAACAGCAACAGCAGGAGCUGCAGCAGCGUCAGCAGCAAAUGGAGCUAUUGAAGCAGCAGCGUCAGCAGCAGGAGAUGCUACUGCAGCAGCAACAUACAUCACACUAUCAGCAACAGCAACAACAGCAACAGCAGCAGCAACAGCAGCAGGGUCCACAGAAGAUGUUGCAUCCCCGCCGCCGACUUAAGGCCGCCGAACGGGAGCUGCGCGACAAGGAGAUUACCCGGGAAAUACUCGAGCUGAUCAAGGAGGACAGCAACAUCCAGUACUGGAAGGUGUCGGCCCGGCUGGCCGAGAAGGGCAUCAACAUCUCGCCCUCGUCCGUCUGCCAGAAGCUCAAGUCGAUGGGCAUCCACCGGCGCUGGAAGCCGGGCGACAAGCCGCCCAUGCUGGCCAUCAGCCAGCUGAAGGCGGCCACCGUGGCAGCGGCAGCGGCGGCAGCCGGCUUGGCUGGACCAGCUGCCGGGGGAGCCGGCACUGCCGGCGCUGGAGGCGGCGUACCAGCUGGAGGAGUGCCAGGAGGCGGGUUUGGUUUGCCGGACGAUGGCUUCGACCAGCAGCAGUUCGAUAUGAGCGGCCAGCACUUCCUCAGUGCCUUCACCCGCUAGGAGACCCAUCCGCUGGGUCAUCCGGAGCAUAUAUCCCGGACCAGGUACGGCGAGGAGAGGAGGAUCCUAGGGCGGAAAGUAACCUUUUGAAGCGAAUUCCUUUCGAGAACUUCCCUCCCGAAAUAUUCCGUUUUUAUAAUUUUUUAAGGUUAGGUAUCUAAGUAGUUGAACAGGCUCGGACAUGUCUGGACAUGUCGGGACAUGCUCGAACGAAAAAUUAGUCCAAAUUGUUAGACUUUUUGUUUAUUUUUUUUUUUAGAAAGAAAACCACAUCACAUUCACAUCGAAAAUGCAGUUUUGAACUUUAAUUUAAAGUUUAAACUUUAAAAAUAAAUUAGAAUUAUUAUUAAAUAUUAUGAGAAUUAUAUAAUUUUUGAUGAAAUUGUCGAAAGUGAUUAUUUUCCGCUGCCUAGGAGAACAGGUUAUUUCUUUUACUAUUAUUAUUAUUAUUAUUAUUUUGAUUAUUACACUGCAAGAAACAAAAAUAGCCUGUAUUUUAUGUUUUUUUUUUUGUGAAAAGUAUUUGAGAGACAGCGGAGAUUGUGGAUUGAAAUGUAUUUGUAUUUGUAAUGAGAUAUAUAUAAUAUGAGAUAUAUAUAGGCUAUCAUAUAUAUAUGCUAAGCAUUCCUAGAAUGUCACACACACACACACACACAUGCAAACACACAUGCAUACACACAGGCAUACACUUUCAUUCCAAGAGAGUCCUUCGGGCAGCUUCCGUUUCCUUCCCUCCUUCUUCCCAUCACAACAUCCGCCCAAAAAUUAAAGAGAGAGGAAGCACACACACACACACACACUGCGCUAAUUUUAAUUACUUUAAUUACACAUAUACAUAUUUAUUGUCCAUAUAUGUGUGUGUGUGUGUGUGCGAAGACCUAUUGCUUUUGUUCUCUGUGUAUUUAUUUAUUUUACUCACGCAUACCCGUACUGAGAACUAUAAUUUAGUUUAAUUACAAAAUAACAAAAGAGAACAAAAGAGAAAGCCAGAAGAGAGACAAGAAGAACAAACCAGAGAAAGGCAGAGAAAAGCGAGAAGAAAGUUAGCGACAUAAGUGCAAUUAUCAAGCAAACAAACAAACAAAACAAAGUAAAAGCAGAAACAAAAUAAGAAAAUAAAACACACAAGAAUGAACGGGAGAGAAGAGCGAAGAAAAUGCCUUAGCCGGGGGGGACUUGAGGAAUUCUUCUCAAGCUCUCGGCUGUUUUUCUUCAGAGUCUUCAGAGUUCGAAAAAAGCAGAAAACUCCAUCCUACCAACCACGCCCCCGCCCCCACAAAAUAUUAUAGCCAAAUGUUAGUAAAAAAUUUAAAAAAUUAAAAAAA